CGAAACGAAAAGAACAAGACUUCAUUUGCCCAUAUCUCCACCAAAUGAGGAGAUGAAAGAAAAAUGAUUGUAGAUUCGACAUCAGCAUGCUUGAAACUAUCAAGAGAGCACUCUUUCUGAUGAUAUAAUCGAGUUUCUUGAUUUUCGUCUUUCGUUUCGAUGGUCCGUUUGUCAAAAAGUUGUGGUCAGCUCAAUUCUCGGGAAGUCUUGGCAACUGUCAAGGUGCUUGAGUGUGGGAAUGGGUACCAGCCAAAAUGUUAACACCACCCCCAGGUCCCAGAAUCGCCGUUCUGCGGUCGGUCAAACCAGGCCGCCUCCAGCUUCCUGGAGCCCCCCGAUGCAGGCAGGAAGGCCCCGUAUAUGGAAGGCACCACCAGAUACAGGAAACCUCAAGAGACUAUCAUCAACCGGGGCAGGAACUGUCAUUGACCGGGAAGGAAGGAAGGAAAGAAGGAGGUCAUCAACUGUAAAGGAAGGAGCGAGACCAGCGACAGUCCCGCUCAGAGGGAAGAGAACUGAUCCAGAGCAGAUCAGCGGGGAGGGCGACGAGAAAUGUGUAUAUGGUCAUGAAGGGCCCCCCAGAGCUUUGGAUAGGAACCGGAAGUUUCCCAGAUUUCCGCAUCGCCUGCGUCACAAGUCCCAACGAAACCAAGAUUUUUUUGCGUCUUUGACCUUCGGUUCGUCAAGGAAUCAAGGGAGGUGGGACUGGGAGCCAGCCAACUUCGAGACUCGAGUCUUCAAGGUACAUAUUGGAGGAAAGUCAGUCGAUAGAGGUAUAAAGGAUGAGAGUCCCACCCAUGUCUAUCGUCGGACUUGCUGUCUCUCUACCCAUCACUUCCAACCUGAACAAUUUCUCACCGCAACACUCACCACAACGCUCACCAUGAAGCUCUCACCCUUAGCCCUCUGGGCUGUCAUCACCACCCUCACAGCAGCAGCUCCCACUGCCACCACCUCCAACCCCAAUGACCCCUCCAACCUCACCAACGACUCAACCGUCGAAAAACGCUCCACAUGCAACAUAAUUCCAGGCGACUCCAACCGCAUGCUCGUUCCGCAUGCACUCGAGUGCUACAUCCAUUUAACCUUGAACCAUGGGACGAGGUCGUGAUUCCGGAAGGCGGGGUCGACAUUUGUACCGAAAGUAGUGGGAAGUUCCGGGUGAGCCAUAGUGGUAAUGGGGAGCAGAGGACUACCAAGUAAGUUUCCCCCCACCCCUUCAUUGUGGUGACAAUAUAGUUUGUUUGGGGCUUGGUUUUGGAUGAA